GACGCGGGAGAUUCGAUUGGAAGGCGCCUGGCUGGUCGCUAAGCCCUGGGGUCUGCACCACCGAGCGUUGCCCGGGCAGGUUCCGUCCUCUGCUUCAGACUGCAGUGAGAACAUAUGAAUAGAGGAAGAAAAUUUCUUCUGGCCUCAGUUCUUGCUCUCCAGAAUUCCAGUUUUAUAUAUCCUUCAUGUCAGAAGUGCUUCUCUCGGAUAAUCCUGGUCUCCAAAAGGUCUCAUUGUCCAAAAUGUGGCUCUACUGGUAAAGCUGAAAAUGCCAAUUAUAGAUACAAACUUUCCUUAAAAGUCGCAGAAUCUAACAAAUUAUUUGGCAUUACUGUAUUUGGAAGCUGCUUAGAUGCAUUUUUUGGUCUUACAGCCACUGGUUUGCACAGGUACAUUCAGGAUCCUAAUGAAAUUUCAGAAACACUGGACAAUGAUGCAAUUCGGACCCUAUUAACUAAAGCAGUUGAAAUUUGCUUUGUUGGACAAAGCUUUAUUUUUGGAGUGACGAAUUUUGGAAACCGAGAUGGACAAGGUUCAGAUUCUAAUAACUUCUUAAAGCAAUGCUCUAACCACAGGAGAGAAGUUAAAGCGUUAGUAGCUUGCCAGAUUGUUCUACCAGACCCAGGUGUUGCCAGCUUCACUGUCAUUGACUACUUCCAUCAGCUUUUGCAGAUUUCUGAUUUCAGGAAACUUGAUGGUGGCACCCAGGCAUCAAGUAGCCACUUACUUGCUUCAGAACACACGAAUAGUGAUCUCAGCAACAUCUGUGACCCUGACAGCAGUUCUUGUUUUUUCAAGUCCCAUAGCAGAGGUAAUUUUUCAAGAUUCUGGCAGACAUCACUUGAGCUCACUUCUACUCUUUCACACCUAACAAAUGAUGAUUUUUCAGCUUCAGAACAAAGCAAGGCCAUUGGUACUCUUCACCAGAACAGAAAGUACAUCUAUUUUACAGAGGCCACUGCUUCCAAUAAUAGCUGCCAUGAUACCUUUCAGGGUUCUUGGAGCCUUGUUUCAUACAUGGAUAAAAAGAGUACAGCACAGAAGUUGGAUGAAGAGCUUGGCUUACAAGCUUAUCAGCCCACCACAGUCCAUAGCAGUCAUGAAAUCAGAGUUACUCACCCUAAUAUUUUCCCUUUGAAAAUGCAAGAGCCCCUUGAGUCAGGUAAUAAAAAAUCCUUCCACAGUGCAGUGGAAAUUAAAAAUAGGUAUUCCCCACGUGAGCCCACAUGUCACCAGUACCAUGAUUUAGAUAACCCCAGUAGCCUUCAGGAGAGAUCUACAUGUUGUCCACCUUCAUCACUCAGACUUGAAGAGGUAACUGGUGGUUCCCAGGACUCUGACGCUGAGAUUUGGGAUGAUCUGCCAUUCUCUGAAAGCCUGAAUGAGUUUCUGGCAGUUAUUGAAAGUGAAAUUGCUAUAACCCAGACAGAUGCCUGUAGUAGGAAAUGUCUUCUAGAUAGUGACAUCGAUAGAUUACAUGCAGACCACAGCAGGUUAUCUGUGACUUCCCAGACAACUACGGGAACCGUCCAUAUACCACCUAUAGCUUUAAGAUCAUCACAAGCAGCCAUCGAAGCAAGCUGUAGCAAAGAUAACUUCCUUUCCAACCGUGAAGCAAAUCCAAGUCCUAGUGUUGAGGAGUCACAGUCAAAUAACACAACAGAGGCUGUCUCUAUAAGUAGUAAUGGAAGUGAUAUUUCUGAAUAUUUUCCACCAAAUUCUUGUCAGUCAGCUCUGUUUCCGUCUUCAGAAGGUUUAGAAACGACAAGUACUCUUAAGUCUACCAGAAUUCCACCGCAUAGGGCUGAAAUUUCACUUCACUGCCAUACUUCAGAGAGUGACCAUUCUUAUCUCAGUAGCAAAUAUUUCAAAAGAUGUGGAGAAAAAUCAUUUGAAAUGAGUGAAAAGUUGGUAACUUUGUGUUCCAGGAGAUAUAAUAUUUCUGACUUUUGCAAUUUAGAACAUGAACAACAUUAUAGGUGGCCAAAGAACCAAGGCGACAGUUUUACAAUCUGCAGAAAGCUUACAUAUCCUUUAGAAGCACUUUGCAGUAGUCCCAAAAGUACAAGUACACUGAAAGAAAUGCCUUGUGGACAUAUCAACAAUAACUUAACACAGAACUAUUCUACUGGUCACGAAGGUAGUAGCUACGAUGCUUCUGCUGAUCUCUUUGAUGAUAGUCCUAAAGAAACGGACAUUACAACAGAAAUUACUAAAAAGUCACAGGACAUUUUGUUACAGUGGGGAAAAUCUUUGGCAGAAAGUCAUCAUACAGAAUCAGAUUUCUCACUGAGAUCACUUCAUGAGAAUUCCAGCCAAUUUUCACAAAAGUUAACUUUGCAAAGCAUAUCUGCCUCUGUGUGUCCAAGAACAUGUUCUUCUCCACCUCAUUUUCAGGCAGAUUCAGAAUAUGAUUUUGGAGAUAGUCAAGACUUUGUUCCAUGUUCACAGUCAACUCCAGUCGCAGGAUUCCACCAAACAAGAGCUCAUGGGAUAAAAGGAGCUUUCAAAAAUUUACUUGUCUUUUAUUCGGAUCUUGAUGUUAACUAUAAAAAAAGAAGGAUUUCCUCUGAAAAUGAUGCACACCAAGCCACCCGUAGGUGUCGAAACAAUGUAAAGACACCCAGCCAGAAAUUCAGAAGCCCUAUUAAAUCUGGUACUACACAACCAGAGGUUUUCAAUAUUGCUGAGUGUCCUGAAACUGAUAAUGAAUGGGUCCCUCCUACCACAAAAAAAGUAUUUCCUAGAGAGAUGUUUGAAUUCCAAGCCGUGGGUCUAAGGAAAUGCUCUGCUGCUUGUGAUUCUACUGAUCAAGAAGAAUUACUGAGAAAGAAACUGAAAUGUGUCAAACGAAGAACAAGUUCAGGCUGGCUUUCCAAAGAGUCAGUUUGGGGACUUGAUUCUUGUUCAGAAGUCCAGUGUUGCUUUCCAUUUUCAGAAAAUUGCCCACCUGCUCUGCCUGAGAAUAAAAACAGUUGGUCUCCAGAAUUAUUUUCAUAGAAAGUCAACCUGGAGCCAGCUGCUAAGCUUUUAAAGGUAAGUCUGUUUGGAAAUUUUUGCCUGCUGUAGUAUGGAAAGCAGUCUUGAAUUUUGAAAACUUAAACAGAAGCAAAUAGAAAAUAGGUUUUUUUGUGCUUUUUAAAAUGUAAAGCCAUUGUUUUUCCCACUGUUUUAUCCAGACUACAUUCGUUCAAAUACUUAGGCACUUUAUCUUAUUGUUGAUUGUCCUUUAGUGAUAUUGUUAAUUUUGCUUGUUAAAAGUAUUUGUUAAGAUCACAUGUACAUUCAGAAAUAAAGCUUUUGCAAACCAAAAUUUGAAGUCAUAAUUGUUCUGCCCAGCUCAGAAAAUGCCUGCUAUGUAUUAGGGCCAACUAUAGUGCUGUGUUUGUGAUACAAAGCUACGAGAUCAGUAAUCCCCCAAAAUUUUAGUCUCCUGGGUAAGACAGACGUAGACAAUUCAGUACAAUGCAGUAAAUGCAAUGAUAGAGGUUUUUAAUUGGUACUAAAACAUUUAUGUUGCUAUGGAGCAUGGUAGAGAAUCAAUUAACUAAGCAACAUAUAUGGGUGGGGAUAAGAUCAAUAAAAACUUACUGUUUA